AUGGCGGCUUCAGCCAAGCAGCAGCAGGCGCUGCGGACGAAGAGCGGCAAGGCGGCACAUAAACCAGCUGCAUUGAGUUCCAUCGACGGCGUCGCCAAGAAGCGCAGGCGUCGGCGUCGUGAGAGCUACAGCCUUUACAUUUUCAAGGUGCUAAAGCAAGUUCAUCCGGACACUGGAAUCUCGGGCAAAGCAAUGGCCAUCAUGAACAGUUUCGUGGGCGACAUCUUGGACCGCAUCGGCGAAGAGGCCUCGAAGCUUUCCAUCUGUUCCCGACGUAGCACUGUCACGGCGCGCGAGAUCCAGACCGUGACGCGGCUGCUGCUACCCGGUGAGCUUGCCCGCCAUGCCGUCUCCGAGGGAACGAAAGCAGUCAGCAAGUACACGUCCUCGCAGCCGGGGUUCCCAUCUGCGUCAACGUAG